AUGAGCCCCUCCGCAGUCGACAUCAAGGUCCAAGGCGACACCGCCGUCACAAUCCCCAACCCAGUCGAUAACAACGCCCUCGCAGCAUGGCGCAAAACCGGCGCUGUGCCUACGGGCACUGCCGCAUUCUCAACCAGCGACAUGUUCAAGAGUCCCGCCUGUUUCACGCGACCAAAGGCCAAGCGAUGGGAUCAUCAUCUUUCCUUGGAGGCGAAAUCGCGCAAACCCUCGUCCUUGAAAGGCGCGGCCAAGUUUCUGUCUAGACCCGGUAUGAUUUCGCUGGGUGGUGGGUUGCCGUCGAGUGAGACUUUUCCCUUUGAGGAAAUGAGUAUCAAGGUUCCCAGGGCACCGAAGUUUUCGGAGGCGGAGACUCAUGUUUCUGGUACGACUAUAACGGCGGGGAAGCAUGAUAUCAAGGAAGGGAAGAGCUUGUUCGACUUGGAGGUUGCGCUCAAUUAUGGUCAGUCAGUGGGAUUUGCGCAGAUGGUUCGUUUUGUUACGGAACAUACAGAGAUUAUCCAUGAACCCCCUUAUUCAGACUGGUACUGUUGUUUGACCGUCGGAAAUACAAUGGCAUGGGACGCGACACUGAGAAUCUUCUGCGAACGAGGCGACUACAUCCUCACCGAAGAAUAUGCAUUUGCUAGCGCCUUAGAAACUGCCGCUCCUUUGGGAAUCCGCAUUGCGGCAGUCAAAAUGGACGAACAAGGUCUACUUCCUGAAGACAUGGAUGAACUCCUCUCAAACUGGGAUGAGAAGGCCCGUGGUGCCGCAAAGCCUCAUCUUUUGUACACCGUUCCUUCUGGCCAGAACCCAACAGGAGCCACUCAGAGCGCUCAACGACGACAAGAAGUCUACAAAGUCUGCCAGAGGCAUGAUAUCUUUAUUGUCGAGGAUGAGCCAUACUAUUUCCUCCAAAUGGAGCCUUACAAGGCUGGUGUGCCUCCUCCGUCUUCUCGUGAGGAAUUCUUGAAAGUCUUGUUACCGUCUUUCCUGAAAAUCGAUGUCGACGGUCGUGUCCUCCGUCUUGAGUCCUUUUCCAAGGUUCUCUCCCCCGGGACCCGUACCGGUUGGAUCGUCGGAUCAGAGCAAAUCGUUGAACGUUUCGCUCGUCACUUUGAGUCCUCAAACCAAAACCCCAGUGGAUUCUCACAACUUGCUCUCUUCAAGCUCCUUGACGAAGAAUGGGGUCACGCAGGUUAUUUGGAUUGGUUGAUGCAUAUGCGUCUUUAUUAUACCCAUCGUCGGGAUGCUUUACUCGAAGCUUGCGAGAAAUACCUUCCUCGAGAAGUCACCAGUUGGGUUCCACCGUCCGCCGGCAUGUUUGUAGGUGUUCCCCAUUCUUUUAUUUAGCGUACUUGAACUUUCAGUCUAACUAUUAUCAAGCAAUGGAUCGAAGUCCCCUGGAAAAAGCACCCCGGCUACGCUCAGGGAAAAUCGCAUGCAGAAAUCGAAGAAGCUAUCUUCUUGGCUUCAGUUGACCGUGGCGCUCUGUUGUCGCGCGGAAGCUGGUUCCGAUCAGACAAGCAUAUGGCAGAAGACAAGAUGUUUUUCCGUGCUACUUUUGCAGCCGCUCCAACAGAUAAGAUGCAGGAAGCCAUUAAGAGGUUUGGUGAUGCGUUGAGGGCGGAAUUUGGGUUGAAGGAUGCGGAGUAAGCUAAUGGAUUGUAUAUAAUUUGCUAUAUUUGUGAGGGCCUGAUAUACCAUUCUAUAGCAUCAUCCGUUAAACAAUAUAGGUGGUACUACAUACC